UUUUCUAAACAAUCAUGCCCAGAAACUAGAAUGAACUAAACAAAAAUGUGCAGCUGUGCCCGCCUUAGCAACAAGCCUCAUUAACAUGCACCUGCUUCGCUUCAAGAUCCACCCGCUCGGACAAGCCGCCCGUGCCCGCCUUAGCUAAGCCCACUCGAUCGGCUGGUUCGGCUCCAGCUUCGCUCUUGCUCCAACAAAGGAUAUUACAAAGUUAACAUGUAAUACUCAUCAGGUGUACACUUUUUUUUUUCUUUUUUUUUUUUUUUUUUUUUUGGGCUAUGAUGUACUCAUUUAAGAUAGUCAUUAAUUAUACGGAGUAUAUUUUUUGUUCGAGCAGAAUGAUUAAAUUGCAACUUUAUACAUGUUUUUACCCGCCAUUAAUUAACGAUGAUGGUUAAUCGAUAAAUUAGUAUGAAAGUAAGUUUGCUAGGAGUCCUAAAUUAAGACCCAACAUUGUUGUCAAUUUUUCAAACUUAUGAUUAGAUUCAAUAAAUCACUUUCCACUACCCAAAUUAAUACCAAAAAAAAAAAAAAAAAAAUCAAUAAUAUGAGAAUUCUCAAAAAUAAGAAUUCUCUUUCUCUUCUUUGAGUUUCACAAAUUUAAAAACUCUCUCAAUUUGUGGGAGGUUAUUUAGUACGGCACACAAGCCGCACAUAAUCUAUCCUAUGCAAUCGUCUUAUCGUUGACAAAGUGCAACGUGAUGCAUUAAUCAACUACUUCGUACUUUACAUCCUUGGAUCAUAGAUAGAUUAAGUUGGUAUUUUGAAAUAGAUAUUGGUUAUUGGGUGUUUUACUUGGGUUUGACCAACUAUUUGUUUUGGCAUAAGUCGUUAGACUAAAUUAUUUAGUUUUAGUUAUUUUUAUUAUUGUUACUAUUACUAUGGUUGUUCAUUAAAAAAAAAACUCACUCUUUUACUUUUCAAGUAGUCCUUUUAAACCAAUUGUCAAACACUAUCUAAAUGUUGUAUAGGUGUAAAGAUCAUAUAAAAUGACACAUCUGCCCAUAUUCGAAUAAACAAUAUAAGUUGAAAAAGGGGUAAGAUUUGGCAUAAAACUUUAUCUUUUAACACUUUAUAUUUUGAUUAUAAGGAUGAGACUGCAUAAAUAUUGUAAAAAACAACAUGUAUCUAGAAAAAAAAAAUUAAAACAAACUUUAAUUUUGAGGGGGGGGGGGGUAGGUUAUGUAAUUUUAGUACAUACCACCAAAAGAAAAUGGUAUUCUAGUUUUCUCUUGUGACUGACCACCAAAUACAACACAACCGUUAUAUGGUAAAUUUUUUAAAUAAAAGAUCGAGAAGAUCAUAUAUAGUUACGUUUACAUUUUUAAUUGAGGAGAUAAAAAAACAAACCUUAAUAAAGUCGAGCUUUUUUAUUAGAACCUCCGCAUGUUUAUUUAGGUUUCUGAACCGACUUAAAUUCUACUAAGAAGAAUCUAUCACAGCUGGUCCAUCACUUACAAUUUAUGGAAAGUAAGUGGACCUUAGUAUUUUGAUAGACAGUAAGAGUUAUGCUGAAAACUACCUAGAUAUAGUUUACUAAUUGAUGGAACAUCCCAACAUGAAAAGCUAAGCUAAGGUAAGAUAAAAAAAAACAGUAUAUAAGUGUACACUUGGAUGACUUAUUUUGUCCAAGUUCAUAAUUUCUCUACAUAUAUACUUAGGUAGUCAGCUAGCUUAUUAUAUAAGUUAAAGUGAGGAUAUAAGUAUAUAACUAAUAAUGCCUAGAACAGCUUCAACAAGUGCACCAAGAGAUCCAUUAGAAAUAGGUCGCGUUAUUGGAGAUGUAUUGGAUCCUUUCAACAGGUCUGUAACUCUCCGAGUCAGCUAUAACAAUCGUAUUGUUACUACUGGAGGUGAGUUUAGGCCCUCUCAAGUUGAUAGUCAGCCUAGGGUCGAGGUUGGAGGCGAUGACCUUAGGACUUUCUACACCUUGGUAAUGGUAGAUCCUGAUGCUCCUAGCCCAAGUAACCCACAUCUUAGGGAGUAUUUGCACUGGCUGGUGACUGAUAUUCCUGGGACCACUGGAGCAACCUUUGGUCAAGAGGUGGUUUGUUAUGAGAGCCCACGGCCAUCCCAGGGAAUACAUCGAUUCGUGUUCGUAUUGUUUCAACAACUCGGAAGGCAAACUGUUUAUGCUCCCGGGUGGCGCCCGAAUUUCAUCACAAGAGACUUUGCUGAACUCUACAACCUUGGCUUACCAGUUGCUGCUGUCUAUUUCAAUUGUCAAAGGGAAGGAGGUUGUGGUGGAAGGAGGUUGUAAAAACCACAUUAUAUUGACCUCUCUAAUGCUUCUCCUGCAACUUACUCGUUUAUUUUGCACCGAUGAAGACAUUUGAAGACACACCUUUAAUUUUAAUGAUGAUCUAUUCUACAUUUAUAUAAAUAAUACAAUGGUCGGUCUACAAUAUUAUGUACCCUCGAUUUAAUCACAUAUUUGCCUAAUUUUUAUUUUGUGAAUUGUAAUAAAUCACAAUAACAAAAUAGGCAAAAUUAUUCUAUGGAAAGUGUAAUCGUUACAGUACAGAGUAACAUUUAUCAUAUGCAAUAGUUAUUAUC